AUGGCAGUCGGCCACAAUCACUCUAUAAAGUCGCUUCUACUGAGUCUGGUCGUAAUAAGCUUGUAUGUGUCGCGGACUACAGCAACGACUUUAACAUAUAGGAUGCAACCACACGAACGAGCUUGCUUUUAUGGAGCUGCAAAGGCUAUUGGAGAAAAGAUUGCGUUCUAUUUUGCUGUCCAAUCAGGCGGCUCAUUCGACAUUGACUAUGAAAUCCUCGAUCCCCAAAACCUGCCCGUCCUAAACGGCGACCGUGAAAGACAAGGCGACUAUGUAUUCGCAGCGAGCAAAGUCGGUGAAUACACCUUUUGCUUCUCAAACACAAUGUCUACAUUCGCCGAAAAGUUGGUGGACUUUGAUAUAUCUGUAGAACACGAACUGAAUGAAGGUGGAGCCCUAAAACCACCCAAACCGAAUGUAGACAAGGAAACAUCCAUGGAUGAAUCGUUAAGAAAGAUUGGGGAUUCAUUGUAUGCUGUACAGAGACAACAAAAGUUUUUUAGGACGAGAGAGAAUAGGAAUUUUGAUACGGUCAAGAGUACUGAGGGGAGGAUUUUCUGGUUUGCGCUGAUACAGGGUGGGAUGAUUAUGCUGAUGGCUGUAUUGCAGGUGUAUGUUGUGAGGAACUUCUUCAGGAAUCCGAAGGGGCCUAGGAUUUAA